AUGAUAAAUUGCACCCACCAUUUUCAAAAUCCAAUCACUUUGAUAUGUAAAGCCCCUCACAAGUGUUAAUUUUAAAGAAAACUUUGUUCUGAAUGCUAAUAUGAACAUGGAGUAGAUUUAAAGCAUACAAUUCCUUUAAAAAUAUUUCGAGAGAUAGCUAUGAAGAAAUUAAAAGACUCCAACCUUAAAGAUACAACCGAGUUAACAAAAUAGAGAAUGGCCUUUAAAUCAUUGCUCUCUCAAACCGAAUAAUUGCUGAAGAAAAUUUGGGAUGAGUUGUCUCUAUCAAUCAAAUAAGUUUAUGAUUGGAUUGAAAAGGAAAACUAAUCAUACUUAAACCU